ACCCUGGCGGCUCCUGCUGCCUCCACCUCGGGGUCCAGGGAGCUGGGGGAACUGGGUAAAGGGACCGCGCGCGCGGGAAGAACGGGGUCCAGCAGGGCGGGCAGCAGGGCGGAGGGCGCGGUGGGGGAGUGAGCGACCCGCGAUGGCCCCGCCCCCCGGCCGCCGGCCCCGCCCCCGCUGCGGCGGGCGAGAGGAGGGGAGUGGCGGGCGCGGCCUAUAUAAGGCGAGGGGCGGGCGCCGCUCUUUUGUCUUUUGCUGCAGCAACGCGAGUGGGAGCCCCGGGACCGCGGACUGCAAGCGGAACUUCUCGAAUUGUUUUAAGAAAAUGGCAGACAAGCCCGACAUGGGGGAAAUCAACAGCUUCGAUAAGGCCAAGCUGAAGAAGACUGAGACGCAGGAGAAGAACACCCUGCCGACCAAAGAGACCAUUGAGCAGGAGAAGCAAGCAAAGUGAAAUUUCCCGCGAACCUGGAGGAUUCUCCACCGCAUCAUCUUGGAGACCUUAGCCGUGAUGUGGAGGAAGAGCCACCUGCAAGAUGUACACGCGCGACAAGCUGCACUGUGAACCCGGGCACACCGUGCCGUCGCCACCGGCCCGCGGGUCUCUGAAGGGGACCUUCCAAUCGGACUGCCAAAUUUCUCCGGUUUGCCCUGGAAUAUUAUAGAAAAUUAUUUGUAUGAUUAAUGAAAAUAAAACACACCUCGUGGCA